AUGUCCCAAAACUCUUUAGAGAACUUGCUCCAGUGGUCCAAGUCACAUGGUGCAUACUUUGAUAAUGUUGAGUUUACUCUCAAUGAUGAUAAGGGUGUCUACGGUAUUUUGAAACAUGAAGUCAACUUCGACGAACCUCUCAUUAUAGUACCUGAAGCUCUAUUCAUUACUCCAGAAAUGGCAACAGAAUUUUUUGGCCUUGACAACCCCGUCGAUGAUCUUGGCUUACUCCUACUAGCAAAACUCAAAUUUGACAGGACAGAGACGCUGAUUAAUGGCAACAGUUUGUCAAAAAUGUAUGAGCCGUACAUUGCAUUUCUUCCAAGUACAUGCUUAGAGAUUGGGCUUCCACUAUUUUGGAGUGAUCACGAAAAAGAACUACUAAAAGGGACUGAUGCGUACCCAAAAUUAAGACAAAAACGAGAAGAGCUUUUUGAAAAAUGGAGGUCUCUUAUGUCGUUAUUAAACGAAAAGAGACCAGAUCUUGUUAUGGAAGGAACCCCACUCUACAAGGAAUCUCGAUCUUGGAAGAGUUUUGAAGCAUAUUCAUGGGCGUACUCUAUUUAUUGUACGAGAGCAUUUCCCAAUUUUUUGCGUAAACAGAGUGAGAGAAGUCUCAAUAUAGGUUUCUUAUGUCCUAUAGUUGACCUUCUGAACCAUAAAAAUGGCGAGAAAGUAACAUGGAGCUUUGAGGAUAACAAUUUUGUGUUCAAAUCUUCAGCCAAGUGUAUCAAGCGUGGAGAAGAGGUCUACAAUAAUUACGGAAGCAAAUCCAAUACUGAACUACUCCUUAAUUAUGGGUUCGUGCUCGAUGGUAACGAGUCAGAAACGACAACGCUAACACUGAAAGUUGAGGAUGAAGUAAUUGAAGCUGGAAUUAAAUUUGGCCUUAAAUUGCCUCUGGGUACAUCCUCCAGUGGCCUAAGUUUCGACCUUUCAUUAGCUACUCCUCUUCCUAAGGAGUUGAUACGAUUUAUGGGUUUCCUGCAUCAACUAACGAGUGAAAAAAAUCAGUACACCUUGAGGAUGCACCUUGAAGGACUCUCGAAAUUACGAGACAUUCUAGCUUCUCGUAUAACCACUUUCAAAACCUGGAAAAUUGAGGAGAAUGUGAAUACCAAUAAAAAGGUCAUAGAACUCGUUAAACGCUACCGGUCUUCUCAAAAAUCGCUAUUUCAGAGAGCGUAUGAGUUGUGCGACUCCACAGAGAAGUCACUGAUACGAAAGUUCAAACCGCUUACUUUGCGGAAAGCUCUUACAUUAGACCCUGAAUUCGAUAACUGUCUAAUAUUCAUAUUCGGAACUAACGAAGUCAAUGAAAUCGAAAAGAAAGGUUUUUCAGACCAGGUUUUAUUGCUGUUCAUAAUGAGAUGCAGAAAUCUGAAACCCGCCAGAGACUCCCCGUUGCGAUUCAUCCAUGACACAUAUGAGAAUGUCAGUACAACUAUCGAGAUAACUAGGGAAGACGUUUUGGAAUACUCCGAUCUUUAUCACUCACUUUUCCCUUAUCUCAGUCACAAAUUUCCUGAAAUAUUUGCUGUUGGAGAUUAUAGUGCCAAAUCCAUGAUCAUUGCAGGCACUGUGGUAGACAGGAUCGUGUUCAAAAGAAAGGUGAAUGGAGAGCUUUACCUUCUACGAAAGAUUAUUUUGGAAUAA